CGAGGAAGUCACACACGCCCGGGCUGAGGUGACGAUUAUAUCCGUUAAUUUCACAGGAAGUAAAUGAGAGCGGCUCGGCUGGCCGCACGCCUCUGGAGCCUUUAGAUAGUUUCAGCACAGUUGUACCGGGCUCAGGGGCGCAGGGUCACCCGGGUCUCUGCAGCAUGUGGCCGCGCUGACUCUGUGCCAACGAUGCUUCUCUGAUGAUGGCGGAUGUUCAGAGAGACAGUGCUGAAGUCGGGCUGCCGGAUCACCGGGCUCCAAGCAACCCCAUCCCGGACUCGUCUGGCUUCUUAGAAGGAACUCAACCCGUCUCGAACGGGAAAUGCCCGGAUCCGGGUGGCCCGUCUGUCAGCAGUGAAAGUACCGCGAGUAAACCGUGCACGCCGCCUCUGAGCAGCAUAAUUAAGGAUGGGUCACGGCAAAGGCGGGACAGGAAAAAGACGGUCUCUUUCAGCAGUAUGCCCAACGAUCGCAAAAUCAACAGCACUGCAGCCUGCAUCUCCUUCAUGCUGGAGGGAUGUGAGAUGAAAAAGAUUCGCUCAAACUCCAGAGUGUACAACCGUUACUUCAUUCUUGAUUCUGAUAUGAGAUCGCUGAGAUGGGAGCCAUCCAAAAAGGACUCCGACAAAGCAAAAAUUGAAAUAAAGUCCAUCAAGGAAGUGAGAUUGGGAAAGAAGACCCCUGUGCUUCGCAGUAAUGGGAUUUCAGAGCAAUUUUCCGAUGAAUGUGCUUUCUCGAUUAUUUAUGGGGAGAACUAUGAAUCAUUGGAUUUGGUUGCUAGUUCUGCGGAUAUUGUGAACACUUGGGUUAUGGGACUGAGGUACCUGGUAUCAUAUGGAAAACAUACGCUUCACGUGACAGAGUCAAACCAAAACAGCCUGAGGUCUUCCUGGCUGAAGUCAGUGUUUCACACAGGAAAUGAUGGUACUCAAGGUCUCAUUCCACUGACUAGGGCAGUCCAACUCAUUAAAGGUUUGAGUCCUGGGAUAAAGACAACAAAACUUGAGCUGAAAUUUAAAGAACUGCAGAAGGCAAAGGACAAACUCGGAACUGAAGUUACCUUGGAGACCUUCACCGAGGCUUACUGUGAACUCUGCACCCGGCCAGAGAUAUAUUUUCUGCUUGUACAGUUCUCCAGUAAUAAAGAAUGGCUUGACUCCAAGGACCUUAUGUUGUUCCUGGAUGUAGAGCAAGGAAUGGAGGGCUUGACGGAAGAGAUGUGUUUGGAAAUCAUUCGCAAAUAUGAACCAUCGCAAGAAGGUCAGGAGAAAGGUUUCCUGUCCAUAGACGGUUUUACAAAUUACCUUUUAUCACUUGAGUGCCACCUCUUUGAUCUACAACAUGAAAACGUGUGUCAAGAUAUGACUCAGCCUUUGUCUCAUUACUACAUUAAUUCUUCCCACAAUGCUUGUCUGCUGGAAGACCAUUUCUGGGGUUCCUCAGACGUUAAUGGGUAUAUACGAGCUUUGAAAAUGGGCUGCCGUAGCAUUGAACUUGUGGUUUGUGAUGGCCCAGAUAAUGAACCUCUGAUUUAUGCCGGCAACUUGGUGACAGCGCAAAUACCCUUUCGGACAGUUAUUGAUGUGAUAAAUAAGUAUGCUUUUGUAGCUUCACAGCACCCACUGAUUCUCUGUUUGGUGACACGGUGCUCAGUCCAACAGCAGAAAGUGAUGGCUCAACAUAUCAAGAAGAUUCUGGGGGACAAAUUACACGUGGAUCCUCCAGAUCCAGAGAGCAAUUACCUCCCAUCACCAGAACAACUCAAGGGAAAGAUUCUCCUUAAAGGAAAGAAGUUGCCUGGGAAUUACUCUGAUUCUGAAGGAGAUGUUAGUGAUGAAGACGAAGGGAUCGAAAUGUGCCAAGGCAUGGCUGAAGACAGUAUGGAUCAAUUGACUGUACCCUCGGAAAGAAAGCUAAGGCUUUCGAAAGAGCUCUCCGAUCUGGUGAGCUUCUGUAAGUCAGUGCAGUUUAGGGACUUUGAGGUUUCCAGGAGAAAUCAGAAAUACUGGGAAAUUUGCUCAUUCAGUGAGGUGGUGGCAAGCAGAAUUGCCAAUGAAUAUCCAGAGGACUUUGUGAUUUACAAUAAAAAGUUCUUGUCUAGGGUAUACCCCAGCCCCAUGAGAAUCGAUGCCAGUAAUAUGAAUCCCCAGGACUUUUGGAAAUGUGGUUGCCAGAUGGUGGCUAUGAACUAUCAGACUCCUGGGCUAAUGAUGGACCUCAACAUUGGCUGGUUUCGACAGAAUGGAAACUGUGGGUAUGUACUCCGUCCUGCCAUCAUGAGGGAAGAGGUAUCCUACUUCAGUGCCAAUGCAAAGGAUUCUUUGCCAGGAGUGUCAGCCCAGCUUCUUCAUAUUAAAAUCAUUAGUGGGCAAAACCUGCCCAAGCCUAAAGGCUCUGCAGCCAAGGGGGAUGUUGUAGAACCAUAUGUGUAUGUGGAGAUCCACGGGAUUCCAGCUGAUUGUUCAGAGCAAAGGACUAAGACAGUGACUCAGCAUGAUGACAAUCCUAUCUUUGAUGAGAGCUUUGAGUUUCAAAUUAAUUUGCCUGAGCUUGCACUCUUACGCUUUGUAGUUCUAGAUGAUGACUACAUCGGGGACGAGUUCAUUGCGCAGUACACCAUACCCUUUGAAUGUCUGCAGGCAGGAUACAGACACGUGCCUCUUCAGUCCUUGACAGGAGAGUUCCUUCCACACUCGAGCUUGUUUAUACAUGUGGCUGUUAGCAAUCGACGAGGUGGCGGGAAGUCCCAAAAAAGGGGGCUUUCUGUUCGCAAGGGAAAAAAGGCCAGAGAAUAUACUUCCACCAAAACUGUAGGGAUCAAAGUUAUCGACGAGGUCUUUAGAGCAGCUACUCAGCCCUUAUGCGAAGCAAUGGACUUCCGAGAAAACGUACAGAAUGCCAUGGUCUCUUUUAAAGAGUUGUGUGGUCUGACUCCUGCGGCGAACAUGAAGCAAUGCAUUCUAACUCUGUCGUCAUGGUUACUGAACAGUGAUAACACAGUGUUGGUGACACUGAACCUCAGCGAACAGUAUCCGUCCAUGGAGGCACAGGGUCCGAUUCCAGACCUUCUCAGGAAGGUUCUAGCAGCCUAUGAUACAAUGAUUCAGACAAGCAAGAUGCUAAUUGAAUCUGCUGAUGCGGUCUACGUGAAAAUAAUGCAGGCUCAGAAGGCUGGGCUGGAUUUCCAUGGAGACUUUCAUGAUAUUGGAUCAAAGGAAGGCCUGAAAGGACGGAAACUUCAAAAAGCAUUUGAGAGCUUUGCAUGGAACAUCACUGUAUUAAAAGGCCAAGCUGAUCUGCUGAAACACGCAAAGAACGAAGCACUGGAUAACCUGAGGCAGAUCCACUAUGCAGCACAAUCUUGCGGUAUCAGUAAGAGCCACUUGACAUCUCCAGAUCAGUUGCAAUCACGGGGCGCCUUGGAAAGCAUUCCUGAGAGUGAGAACUCAAGCAACAAUGGACCUUGCUGACGUCAGCAGGCACGGGAAUAAAAAGUUGUAAAUACAUAAAGACGUACACACAUACGCACACACACACACACUCAAAUGUGCUGUAGCUCCACUGAUAGGUAAUUUUGUUGUACGUGAAUUGGAUUUGACAGAGUCACCUAAUGUUAUCUCCUUACAGAAAUGAGGCACUGGUGCUGAAUUUACUGGAAAAAUCCUGACACUGAGAUAACAACAGAAAAUAUGGGGAGCAAACAGUAGUGCUACCCUGUUUACUGAGGCCCACAUCCCAAGAAAAUGCUUUGCUUGAGAAGGUCCUUCAGAAUGUCUCCUGAAGGUGGGAUGUGAUCAGUGUCCCCACUCUUUGUGCUUGCUCCCUGAUUGUGUUUCUAUGGGUUCUUGCAAGAACAGGCUGUUUCUCCUUUUUGAAGAUGGAAUACAAGCAUAAAAUCAAUGGUUUGACUAAUUUGUUUCAGCAAAAUAUUUUGCUUGCUCUUUGGAAGCCAUGACCAGAAACGCCAAAUUGGGUGGAAAACAAAUCUGUUGCAGCCUCAGGUCUAUGAUCUGUACAUUGUUCAGGAAUAUAUUCUUAAUCUUGGGAGCAGCAGUGGUGUAGAAGCUAUAAAACACAUAGUGUAUUUUGUACCUUUUGGACAUAAAUGGUGGAUACGUAGCCUGGUAACGAUGUUAAAAUAUAACUGAAAAUUUUAUAGUGGGCCAGACAAAUUCCUCUAAUAGUAAUGUCACUUUCAACCUGAGGUUGAAACUCAAGCUACUUUUCAUCACCAGCAAAGUGAUAGACUCAUUAGUUUAGUGAAUAGGAAGUUCCUUCCUUUGAAACUCAUUUACUCAUCUAACUAAGCUUCACUUCAGUAUGACCUGUCAGAUCCAAUCGUUGUCUCUCUUCCAGUUAUUGUGACUGGGUAUUUACAGAAUCGGUCCCGGCUGAAGCCUUGUGCGAUGGCUGACCGGACUCCUGGCGAGCUCAACAGGGAAAGAGGGCCGUGCCUCCACCAUGCCCGGUCGUCCCAGCACCCGGUGGGGGGUGGGGGGGGUCCUCACAUGGAGAGGUAGCCUUGCGCUGCGGCGGUGACCACUUCGAUACCACCUAUCUAAUGAUGUGUGUCUCUGUAAUAAAAUCAUGCAAAAUAA